GACUCCUGCAUUCUAAUUUUGGGUAUAUGAAUACCGUCGCGCUGCAGUACCCAUGAGUCUAUGAUUUAUCCGCCUCCCAUCAAGGUUGUUGUCAUCGAUUACUACCGGUAGAGAGGCCAGCCAUGGAGAAUAACACAAUCACGCCGGCGAUGGCACCGCCGCCUGGCGUGACAUCGAAUUUCAUCAACCCUAUGUCCCGUGGUGACAAGUAUCUGGCGAUAAAUUGCAUUUUCUUGCCGCUGGCUGUCAUUGCCUUGGUUGUUCGGACCUGGACUAGAAUAUUUAUCGUGCGCAACUUUCGUUCAGAUGAUUAUUUAAUGAUCACAUCAUUGAUAUUGUCUAUCGCCCUUACUGGUGUUACACUUGACAUGUUGAAUUAUGGUCUAGGGAGGCACAUGUGGGAUGUACCUCUAGCUCACCUAACUCCAUAUUUUCUCAAGUUGAACGUGAUCGCGGCCAUUCUCUAUUGCGCUGCGACCGGAUUCACCAAAGUCUCCGUCCUCAUAUUUUACCUCCGCAUUUUCCCCAGCCGCUCCUUCCACAUCUCCGUUUGGACAAUUGUUUUCAUCGCGGUGGCCUAUAAUGUGGCGAGUGUCUUGGCCAACGUCUUUAGCUGUACGCCGAUUGCGAAAGCGUGGGAUUUGACGAUAGAGCAUGGCAUUUGCAUGAAUCGACCGGUGUUCUACUUUGCGAACGCAGGACUCGGCAUCUUCACAGACUUUGCGACGGUAUUGGUUCCGAUACCCUGGCUACGACGGUUGCAGAUGCCUCUACGACAGAAGAUUGCCGUUGGUUGUAUUCUGGCAAUGGGAUGUUUUGUCGGCAUCGUUAGUUGCGUCCGCCUGGCAAGUCUUUACGUCUUGAUGAACAGCACCGAUUUGACCUGGGCAACCACCGAUGCACUGUGGUGGUGUACGAUUGAGCUGAACCUGGGCAUUGUUGGAGGAUGCGUGACUGCCAUGAGACCAUUUGUGCGACGAUACUUCCCCCGUCUCCUCGGUCUGUCAUCAGCGGACUAUUCAAGUUCACGCCCAACCGGGCAUCCUCUCAAUUCGAUACCUCGCGAAGGACAGCCGAGCUUCACCAAUGGCAGUCAUAAAUACUCGGCGACAUUGACAGGAGGAUUCGGCAACGAGAGCAGGGAGCACAUCCUAUCAACGCUCCCUGUUUCCUCCAAGGAAGUAGACGGAAUUGUCCGAACCGUCGAGUUCGAUAUAGAGAACUCGCCUCCUCAUACAUAAUGAUUGCCAGUCUGCGACUUAAUGAUGGCGAUGAAAUAAUCGAAUUUGGCGUUUUCAAUUGAAAUUUUUUUGGUUUCUUGGAUGGGGAGCCUUUGGCUCUACUUUGUGAGCGAUGAUUUUUGGGAUAAGGAGUGAAAAAAUACCCCGGUAUAUAAUAAGUUGAUACCACAAUCAAUUCGAUGAUAAUCUCUCAUCUUAUAUUCUGGCCACACAC